AUGAGAAUCAGAAAACCAUUUGCAGCUGCCUUUGUGGUACUGCUGUUCAUAGCAGCCUCAUUAGGCCUCGCCCCGAACCGCCUACCCCAAUACAAGCAAAGCGACAAGGUCUUACACUUUGUCACCUUCUUCUUGAUAACCCUUUGCUUCUACUGGAUCAUUGAAACCAACCGUCGCCGCGUCAUUCACUUUACCCUCGUGGCCUGUACUGUUGGCCUGAGCAUUGGUUCCGAAAUCGUCCAAGGGCUGCUACCGGCAUGCUGCUUCCCAACCCCCACUACGAGACGUCAAGCUAAUAUCCACACANNGAAUGGCCGUGAGUUUGACCCCUACGAUAUCCUUGCCAACGUUGUUGGCUCGCUACUUGCCUUGCUGGCGUGCAGCUGGUACCACAAACGUAUGCUGGAGAGACGUCGCGCCGCACGAAACUACCAGAUGGUGCCUGGCGAGGAGCAAGACAUUGAACUGGGAGAGAAUGCUGCCGACCAAGAGACUGGUGUCAUGUCCAGCUCCGAGCCACCAAAUGUCACUGAAGAGCUGGACAACUGGGAUGAGAAUGCCGAAGACUGGGAUGAUGAUCAAAUGCCUGAGAGCACACACACCAAGACUGGGCAAGAUGGGAGCGUCGCCGAAAAGCGAUCCGACUAG